CAACUGUUUUGUGUGUUAGUCGUACGGGAAAAGUUGAUUUAGUUUUUCAUCAGAGCUUCUGCUGUUUGGUUGUUUGCUGACGCAGUAGCCAUUGCACGAGGAUGGGUAACAAAUCAAUUGCCUUGCUAUUAGCUACAACAUCGGCAGUAUUUUUUGUUUUUGGUGCUUUAAUUGGGGUCUACGUCAUUGAAGAAAAUAAGAAUGGCUUUGUUACAUUGAAUAUCAAACCUUUGCUAAUUGAUGAAAUUUCAGCUGAAAAAAUUAGUGCAAACCUCAAACAUCUGACUAGUGUUCCACAUGUUGCUGGAACGGAACAAGAUUUGCUACAAGCGGAGUGGGUGCGGGAUCGUUUUCUUGAAUCGGGACUCGACGAGGCCCAUACGGUGCCUUACGACGUGUUACUUUCAUAUCCACGCCAUGGGGUGGUAAACACAGUGCAGUUGAUUGAUGAAAAGAAUCAAGCUAAUUUUACAACGGCCGGUCGACAGCCUCCGCUCGGUACGCCACAAGAUUCCUACGACAAAGUGUUAAUGAAUUUCAACGCAUACUCGGGAAAUGGCAUCGUCGAAGGCAACAUUGUUUAUGCGUAUUACGGUCGAGACGUGGAUUAUGAAGAAUUACAAAAACGAGGAGUUAAUGUUACGGGACAUGUUGUCUUGGUGCGUUAUGGUGCCAUUUUCCGGGGAUCGAAAGUGGUGAUUGCCGCCAAAUGGGGUGCAAUUGGAGUGAUCUUAUUCACCGACCCGAAAGAUAAGGCAAAAGAAGGUCGAAAUUUUACGUUUCCAGAUAGCUGGUGGUUGCCCGGUAUGGGAGUUGAAAGCGGUUCCCUUUAUGUGGUAGACGGUGAUCCUUUAACUCCUGCCUAUCCAGCGAUAGAAAGUGCAUUUCGUUUAAAGGAAGAAGAACAGGCCAACUUGCCAAGAAUUCCCGUUCAACCAAUUGGCUAUGAUGAAGCUGAAAUAUUGCUUCGUAGCAUGUCGUGUGAAAAUCCUGCUCCACCGGAAUGGGCCGGUCUUCUCGCUACGAACUACUGCCUCGGUCCUAAGCCGCUCAAUCCCGACUGGAAAGUCCGGAUUAACGUCAGUACUACUAAUGAAAUGAGAAGAACAUAUAACACCAUAGGAAUUUUACGCGGAUCAGUCGAAGAGGAUCGUUACGUCUUGCUGGGAAACCACCGGGACGCUUGGACAUUUGGGGCCUUAGAUCCUUCAAGCGGAACGGCGUCUAUGAUUGAAGUCGUCCGUGCUCUAGGACAUAUCAAGAAAAAUAAUAAUUGGCGACCACGACGAACCAUGGUGUUCUGCAGUUGGGGAGCAGAGGAAUUCGGUUUAAUUGGCUCCUAUGAGUGGACCCAGCAGUUUGCUAAAGUAUUGAGCCAAAGAGCCGUGGCUUAUCUGAACGUAGACGUGGCAGUCGGUGGAAAUCAAACCCUCCGUGGCUCAGCUUACCCUAUGCUUAAAAAACUACUAAUUGAAUCAUCUAAACUUGUUCCUAAUCCUAACGCAGCUGAGAUAGCUGCUGGUAGGAAAACUGUUUUUGAUACCUGGGCGAAAAAUUCUCCAGACGCGAAUAAUCCGGGGCAACCUGCGGUUGGUAACAUGGGCGGUGGCAGCGAUUUUGCCCCGUUUGCCUACGUCGUUGGAGCACCUACUACAGAUUUCGGCUAUACCGCCCCUUCUUCUUACCCAACCUACCAUACUCUAUACGAUAACUAUCAACUCGCUAGUGAGAUUGUGGAUCGUGGUUUCGUGCAUCACCAGGCUGUAGCGAGGAUGUGGGCAAUUUCAGCUGCCGAUCUCGCUGAUGCUACAAUUUUACCCUUUGAUAUCAAAUCCUAUGCCGCUUUCUUAAAUGAUUCACUAACGGCACUAGAAGAUAAAUACGAUGAGCAGCUUCAGCAGAAUAAUGCCACUUUCAAAUACUUCCGUGCCUCCGUCGAUUCCUUUAGCAAAGCUACCAACGAUUUUUCGGAGAAAACUUUGGACACCAUAAAUGUAGAAGAUCCAUUAGAAGUCAGGCGCGUUAAUGACCGACUUGUUCAGCUGGAACGCUUCUUCAUUGACCCUAAAGGAUUGCCUGACCGUCCUGAAACCAACCACAUCGUUUUCUCCGUCAGCGCUAAUAACGCCUAUGGAUCGGACACGUUCGCCGGAUUAGUAGAUUUGCUCUUUGAGGUGGGAAAUAAAACGGAGGCCCAGGAUUCAGUUACUUGGAACAAGAUUCGCCAACAUUUAUCAGUUAUCGCUUUCUUGAUUGGUGAAGCUGCUCGUUCUCUAAGCGACAAUUUGUGGUAAUAUCUUUCUAAUUCAAAUUUGCGUCAAACGUAAAAUCCUCGGUAACCAUCCCCCCCCCCCAUAAGAUGGCCAUAUUUCUCGUACUUUUUCUUGAUUAAACUGUACCUUUUAACUAAU